ACCCCGGCCGCCAGGGCCAGCUCCGACCAGCAGGGGGGGACCUCGUCCGCUGAAUCCACCGCCGCUGCGCUUCCUCUUCCCCGAGACCUGCGGCUGGACUCUAGCCAGAUGGGGCGUGGGGCGGAGGACGCGGGAAGCUUGCAGGCCAGCGAUCCCCAGUCCACCCCACGCGCCUCUCUGGGAGGGGGUGCAGAAGAGACCUCAGUCUCCAGAAGACUCAGGUACAGGCACAGCCAUGACUGGAAGCCUGGCCUCUCCCCCCAGCCCAGCACCUGGCGUUUCCUUUCUCUGACACGCGCCAAGGGGGAACGGGGGGCCUAGGAGAGACAGACCCUCUGCCUGGGGGUGCGGGUGAGGAUGGCCAGGCAGGCAGAGGGCCGGCCAGAGGGCGAGGGUCCACCUCAGGCUGUGGGCUGACAGGUCGGGCUGCUGGGCCGGCAGAGGGCGCUGUGCCCCUUGGAAUCUGAUCUUCGCGCGCACUCGGUCCGGCUCACAAAGACCCGCGCGCACAGCAGUGCGCACACACUAAGCCUGCACGUCUAUACUGACCUUUGUGUACCCGAAGGGCUGCGUCUUCUCGGCAUAGACUGCUCCCUCCGUGUGAGCGCAGAGCCACGUCAACCCUCCCUCCCCACCCCGUUCUCCCUCAAAGGGCUGCUGGGGACCAGACCUAAAAGGCUGGCUCCAGGUGCUCUCGGAGAGGCACGCGUGCGCCUCACAUACAAGCAGACAGGUGCUGACACCCUCUGACCCUCUGCUCCACCUGAAGACCGAACCCAGGAAGAGCUUUGAUUGUUCCAUAGGAGAAUUCCUCCUCUUCUCCCCCUUUGCCCAGGGGCUGCCAGUUUUCACCACAUGAUGGAGAGAUGGAGGAGGCCUGGGGUAAAGGCAGGGAACAGAGGAGGGUUGGCUGUCUAGAGGGAUGGGCAGCAGGAGCGUUUCUGGGAGGGUCAGCUCUCUCCGCCCCUCUCUGAGCCGCAGCCUCCACCUCCUCAGGUGUGGAUGAGGAUAUCAGACCUCCUUACCCUUCCACUUUCUGUGGGGAUGAGUGAGGGGAUGUAAGGGAAACUGACUUGAGUCCUUCCCUUUCUGUCAUGGUUUUGUUGUCCUCCUCUUCUCUCCCAGUUCCUUCUCCUUCCCCUCCCUCUUGUUCCCCCUCCCUUCCCCAAGCCCUGAGAGGACCUCAGUCAGAGCUCACAUUGCCCCUGGUGCACACGCACAUGCGCACACACACACCGCCUCAUGGAGAUGCCCACCCCAGUAGUCUGGGGAGCCCAGGGACAGGCCUCUGGGAGGUUAGGAGCACACAGCCAGCUGACAGGCAGCUGUAGGCAGCCAGGUGUGGGGGCUUGGCCAAAGGCCUCUGAGCAUUGGACUUGAAAAAAGUGUGGCACUAGAGCCUAGGACUGCUGGGUCCAGGGAGGUGACGGGUGGAGCUGAAGCAAGGCCCAGCCAAUUCCCACCUGGCCUCAGGAGGUGAAGGACCUCAUCCCACAUCAGGCAGGGCCUCAGGACGCUCUGCUCCAGGCCCACUGGAGACAAGGGCUGUCGCUGUGCUUAGUGGUCUCAGCCUCCCAGGCCCAGAGCACGUGCCACAGGUGCUGCUUGUCCUAGAGCUGCCACAGCAACUAGGACCCUUCCUGCCCCAGCCCAGGCCUCACAGCUGUCUCACUGGAGAGGGGAGGGGAAUGGCAAUUCUAACAACCAACAUUUUCUGACUCAGAGGCACCACCCCAGGUAUCAGCACAUAUGCUCUAACAACACGUGGGGAAGUGGGAAUGAUCAUCUCCAUUUUAUAAGUGGGGAAACUGAGGCCACAGAAGUUAAGCACUGGCCAGGGGAGCAGUAUAUACACAGCAGUGUUCAAAUGCUUUCACUUGUAUUGUCUGAUCAAAGGCUCUCAACAGAGAGGCAUCACUGCUGUUUGGUGCCUGGUGUACAGGUGCAGAAACUGAGGCUAGAUCACAUGUAGGGACUGGUAAGUGUCUGUCCCAAAGCCCUCUAUGGCCUGAUCUGAGGGGCGGGAAGGAGAGAGAUGCCCUUGAGUUUCCUUAGGAUGACCCCUAAGCAGGGAACCCACCGUGCCAGGGAGGAAUGUCACCCACACUGCCCCCACAGUCACAUUGCUUCAUUCCUUGAGCAUCUAUUGAAAGACUCCUUUAUGCCAGCCAAGCACGGGAGUCUGCGCUGGAACAGUGGAGGCACUGAGGAGGCCGAAGCCAGAAGAGCUGCUGGCUUUGCUUGAGCCCAACUCUACGAAGCUUGCCCUGAUUCUGCUGGAGAGGAAAAUCAGGACAGGCUUCUUAGAGGAACCAGACUUGAGCAAAGUCUUGAAAGAGAGACAAAGAGGAAAGGCAUUCCAAACCCAUGGUCUCUCCACUACUGCAUGAUUUCCCAGGCACUUUAUAAAGAAGAAACCAGGAGAGAGAGGGGUGAAAAGCACAGUUGAGACUGGGAACGGCCAAAAGAUGGCCCUGGGAACUCAAAAAGCGCAGAGCCGGGCCAUUGACUCAGACGCAGAAGGGCUGCCUCUUCUUCAGGCCAGAGGGAACUGGGAAGGGCAUGGGGCAGCUGCAGGUGAGUUUGUGACUGGGGAGGAAGGAUGGGAAGAACUCUUCCCUGCUGGUUUUGCUUUCUAAGUGGGACAGGAGACAAGGUGAUCUGCUGGAAGAAAGCCAGAGUGAGUAGGGUACUUGCAGAGGGUGGGGAAGGUUUGAAGUAGGCCUUAGAAGCUGGGGAGAGAGUCAACUGGGGUGGUGUAAGGAUGCUGAGCAGAGCCGCCGCCCCUGCUGGGGCCGGAGACCGUGGACUUAUGGCAGCAGUCUGCAUGGCUGGGCGAGUUUCUCCAGCAGUGCUCAACAGCGCAGAUGAGGGGUGGAGGGGUGUGGAGGAGAAUGAGAAUGGACAGAUGUGGCGGGUGGGGUGGAGAGAGCAGGGAACUGCGACAGGGGGCACUGAGGUGAGAUGCUAGGGGAUCUGGCUGGAGAGGGAAGAGUGAAGCCAGGGUAGCUGGAAGAACCGAAAGGGGAUGGGGAAGGGAUUUGACUGAGACUGAGACAAAAGAGGGUGGAUGCAGAGCCUGUGAUCAGAGCUGGAUGUCUCACUUGAAGAUGUCAGAGGGCCUAGUCCAGGUGAGGGCGAGUAAGAAUAGCCAGCUGAAAUGAAGCAGACAUGAAAGUCACCUGCCUCCAACAGGUCAAAGAGCUACUCACUCAUUCACUCAUUCAACAAAUAUUCAUUAAGCACCUACUAUGGCCAAUUCCUGUGCAAAAUACACGUAGGGAUGAACAAAACUUGGUUCCUGCCCCCUGUGGGGCUCACUGCCUCAUUGGGGAGACAGAUUCACACCAUGACACAUUAUACGGUGACUGUACUGUACGAAAACACCCAGGUGUGGCGGGAGCACACAGAGGGGGCCUCACCCAGGAAAAGAGGAGGUGACAGCAAAGCUGAGUCUUAGGGAUGGGUUAGGAGUUACCCAAGCAAAGGACAUGGGAAGGGCUCUCCAAGGAGAGGACAGAGCAUUCUCUCAAGGAGAGACCAGCAUAGAGUGUUCCAGAACCACUGGCCACUUGGUGAGGCCGGAGGGUAAAGGACAAGGCAAGGAGUACAGAGAAGAAAGAUAAGAGGAACAGGAUCCCAGAGGGCCAGGCAGAGAGCUCACAGAGGGGACAGGACGCUUUGAAGGGAUUUUAGCGGAGGAGCGGCAGGAUCAGAUUUGCAUUUUAGAAAGAUCACUGGGCUGCUGCGUGGAUAAUUGAUUGGAGCGGAGCAAGGGAGCAGGCGGAGAGAGUGGUUAAAGGCUGCAGGGCAGAGGGGUGGCAAGAAGAGGGCACAGCCAAAAGAUAUUUAGGAUUCAAAAUCUGCAGGACUUGAUGCCUUUGCUGGAUGGGGGCAGGGAGGAAAGAAGGGUCCAGGAUGCCUCCCAGGUGCCAUCAGCUGAGCUGGAGAAAACAGGAGUGCAUUUGGGGGUGCGAGGAGACAUGAGGAUCUCAUUUUGAGACAGGUUAUGUGUGAGGAGCCCGAGGACAAGCAGGGAACAUCCACUGGGCAGGAGGAUACGGCCAGGGGUGAGAACAGGGCACCCAGAUGUGAUUAAGAGGUGAAGACUAUUAUUUUAACAACAAGGCAGGUUCUUCUUUGGGAGGGAGCUCCUUAGUUUGAGAAAAUAGCUUGAUACGCUGCUGGGAGUUAAAGGGCAGAGCCUGGGGGGAGUGGGGGCGGUGACUUCAGGGCAGCAUAGCCGCAGAAAUGGUUAAGCUGCCCUGAGUGAGACAUGGAAGGAACUGUUUUGGUCCCGGAGAAGGAGGAGAGCAGAGAAUGGAGUGGAGAGGGGGUGAGAAGGGAGGAGGAGGACAGGAAGAAGUGGGUGAAGGGCCAGUGGAAAUUCCCAGCUGGCAGAGGUGCCCACUGCCACGUGUGCCAUCUGACUAGCUGUGGCGUAAACCCCUCCUCCGUGUGCCCCCUCUGCUCCACGCAGGCCCACGACCUUAGUAAAGUUGACUCUAUUCCCAUCUGCUUUCUGGGAGUGGGGUUUUAGGUGGGAAUGGGGGAGGCAGCUUCAGUGCACAUCUGGGCUUACGGGGCACAGAAUAGUAUGAGCACAUUUGGAGGCAGAGCCUACAGGCAGAGGGGGCCAGGAGCCCCCCAGAAAUGUACAGGACCCUCCGAAGCAGGCCUUGGACUUAGGGUAUCUAAGUGAUCUUGCUCUACCUAAGCUGACACUGGGGAUGUGAGGGCUCUGGAAUCCCACGCCCACCACUACUCCCGUGCCUGCGGCCCCCAGGCUGGGCCUCUGCGCACAGCAAAGUUAGGCCUAUCCAGCUUGGAAACCUGAAAGUUUCCAGCUCAGCGCCCACCUGGGGGACCGCCCUCCUCCCCUAGCUGUCAGGUGAGCUCAGGGUGGAACAGGCAUGUGAGCACCACUCCUCAUGCCACCGCAACACCUCCCACCCACCGAGAUACACAUAACCCCCUCAUCCCACUCCCUGGCAGUCUGACCAGCACAGUGCUUGGGGCAGCAGCGUGGUGGACGAGCUACAGGUUGGGGCCAGAGAAGCCUCUAGGCAGUAAGACGGCCAGAGCAGGCCAGAGAGAAGAGACCAGAGGAGACAGAGGAGAUCAGAGGCAGGAGAAGCAGAGAGAGGUCCUGGGAGCAAAGGAGGCAACAGCUGGGUACCAGGACCUGGACACAAUGGAGCCAGGCAGAUGCUGCUUGCCCAAGAUGCUGCCGUGCCGGUUCUGGACGGCCAUCAGCAAGGCGCUGUUUGCUGAGUUCCUGGCCACAGGGCUCUACGUGUUCUUUGGCGUGGGCUCAGCUCUGCGCUGGCCCUCAGCACUUCCCUCAGUGCUGCAGGUCGCCAUCACCAUCAACAUGGCCACGGCCAUGGCUGUGCAGGUCACUUGGAAGGUCAGCGGGGCCCACGUCAACCCUGCUGUGACGCUGGCUUUCCUCGUGGGCUCCCAGAUCUCCCUGCCCCGUGCUGUGGCCUAUGUGGCUGCCCAGCUGGCUGGAGCCACAGUGGGAGCUGCUCUGCUUUAUGGGGUAACGCCAUGGGAUAUCCGAGAGACCCUUGGGGUCAACAUGGUCCGGGACAGCAUCUCGACCGGCCAAGCGGUGGCAGUGGAGGUGGUUCUGACCCUGCAGAUGGUGCUCUGUGUCUUUGCUUCCACGGACAGCCGUCAGGCCUCAGGGUCCCCGGCCACCGUGAUUGCAGCCUCUAUGGCAGUGGGCCACCUCAUUGGGAUCUACUUCACCGGCUGCUCCAUGAACCCAGCCCGCUCCUUUGGUCCUGCCGUCAUCGUGGGGAAAUUCACAGUCCACUGGAUCUUCUGGGUGGGACCCCUAACAGGGGCUGUCCUGGCUUCACUGAUCUACAACUUUAUCCUGUUCCCUGACACCAAGACCCUGGCUCAGCGACUGGCCAUCCUCAAGGGCACCGCAGAGGUGGAGAAAGUGGCAGGGGUAGAGCCCCAGAAGAGAGAAUCUGAGUCCAAUUCAAGGGACACUGAAAUGGAGAGUGUGGGUCAGAUGGCAUAGAACUUGGCCCCCGCCCUCAGGCUUCUGAGAGGAGCCCUGAAGGUAGUAAGGAUGUGCGGAGCAAAUCUGUGCAGUUUGCUCCUCCUCCAUCUCUUAAUGGGAGACAGCAGAGGGAGGCAGGGGAAUUCCUGAUCGCCCUCCCCUUCUCUCACCCGUCUGGAGACCAGUGGGGUCCUGGGCCUCCGGAUCCUCAUGUCUUGGAAAAAAGGGAAUUGGAGCCCUGAUGGCCACUCUGCUUAGAGACUGAGAGCUAUAGGGACGGACCUCAGGGAACCCCAGCUUCUCACCUCACCCUUGGGGAAGAGGGACCAGAAUUCCCAGAAGAAUCAGGCCCUGGAACAGCCUCUGAAGUCCUAUGCACCACCAGCACCCCCUCCCCCAGCAAGACUGAGGGGCUUCCUGAGGACAGAGAUUGCCCUCCCUAUAAAUCUUAAUCCCUCACUCCUCCAAAUGCUCAGGAGAGGACCCCUCCUUGGGAAGAACUGACACAGACAGGAACCUGUUCUCCGGCUGGCAGAGGGGCAGGCUAUAGGCAAGGGAAGUUUGGGCCAGAGAGACCUUUGCCAGGGUGGGCUCUCCCCAGAUGUUUGCCCACCUUCCACCCCACAGCCCCAUUCACAGGAACAAUCUUGAGAGGGAAGCCUCCAUCCCAGCCCUCAGUCCAUGACCCGGGCCAGAAGACAUCUCCAGCCUCAUUCUCAGCUCUGCCGGGAUCCCCCAAAAGCUGUUGAAGAAGUCCCAAGGAUGGGUCAUUCCAAGGGAUGGUAGGAACUUAGGAAUGACCCAGGAACCCAAGAUUCGCAGUUCCGUGCCUCUGAGGGACUCAAGUCUCAACUGGUUUGUUAAUCUUUACAAGCCACUGUAAAUCUACUCUCCCCAUGACUGGUCCUAUCUGGAUCUCAGCUUCCCAGCUGUACAAUGGGCACAGUCCUCUCCCAGGGACUGCUGUGAAAACAAACCAGACAUUUGAAAAUGUUUUUGGAAGUUAAAAUGCUAGAAAACAAAGCCAAUAAAUGAUGAUUAUUGUUGCCGUUACUGUAA